AUGUCGACUCAGUCCAGGACACAUACGUUGCAGCGCUCUGUACGAGUGGAUAAAUUCUGGCUACGCCAGCCAAGACAACGAGCUGAGCGCAUUGGUAGACUGUUACCUCCGAUUGCCAUGAUUCUUGGCUGUUUGCUCGUCGCUGGAGGUGGUUACUGGGGCUACUCUGCAGUUCCAAAGCAUCAAUACAGGGAGAUCUGGUUCGAAGACUUCACAACUGGGAGGACAAUUGAUCAGGACUUCAACUACGUGAUUGGAGUCGGCGGAGAAGGGCAGCAGACAUUCGAGUGGACGACUGACCAUGCCAACAAUAGCUUUAUCAAGGAUGGCAAGCUCUACAUCCAGCCGACAGUCACGCAAUGGCCACCACAACAGGACGGCAGCUUCGUCAAUCUGACGGCUGAAGGCAAAUGUACUCAUCCUUAUUCCCUACAGGACUGCUACGCUUACCACAACGCAUCAUCUUUGCAAAUCAUUAAUCCUGUUCAGUCUGCACGCUUGACAACGGCCAAUAAGCAUGAUUUGCGAUUUGGCAAGGUAGAAGUGCGAGCCAAACUACCGAGAGGCCGUUAUAUAUGGCCUGCCAUCUGGUUCAUGCCCACAGAUUCUCAUUAUGGCAUUUGGCCGCAGUCUGGUGAGCUCGACCUCGUCGAAUCCCACGGUUUCGAUCCUACAGAGCCUUUCUCCUUCACUGGCAGUAAUUGCCUGACCGGGUCGAUCCACCGUGCUCCAGUCAAUCUUAUUUCACUCGCUACAGGCCCAGACGACAAACUCACGUCAUGUUUUCCCCGACAUUCUUUGACGGAAGCAUUCCACACAUAUGGCAUGGAGUGGACACCUCAAGGAGUACAUUACUAUCUUGACAGUCCGCUCUACAAGAUCUUCCAUCAGGAUUUCAAGCACGGGCCCGUUCGGGAUGCCAAAAUGCCUUUGAUCGAUGAUAAAGGCUAUCCUGUACCGAAUCCCUGGUUCGCAUCGCCACUUAAAGCAGCCCCAUUCGACAAAAAGUUUCACUUGAUCCUCAAUAUCAUGAUUGGUGGGACAAAUGGAUGGUUUCCUGAUGAUGUUGUGGAUGACCACGCAUACGGAAAUUCCGGUGGUCAGCAAUGGCGUCCAUACGGAGCGAUGCGUGACUUCUGGAAAGCGCAGAGAACCUGGCUGCCGAGCUGGGGAGAAGGCCUAGGGAACGCCAUGGCGAUCGACUGGAUUCGAUUUUCAGAACUUGUCGACAGUGAGUUUUGGGAAUCACUUCCUUCUGCGCGCCUAGAUAGAGGAUAG